GCGUAGUCCCCCAACCCCUUGACAGCCAUCUCUUCCUCCGACCAUCAUCAUGGCCGAAAAAGAUCCCUCGGCCAGACUGCGCCGUGCAGUAAAGGAGAACAACCUAUUCCUCGUUAAGCGGCUAAUACAGCGAACCGACAUGCGGAAUCCAGACCCGAACACGCGUCGGUACACCUCGCUUGCGUGGGCAGCCGUUCUCGGUCAUGAGGAGACCUUCGAGUUCUUGCUCUAUGCUGGACAUGACGACGAGGAGCUUAGCAAGGUGCGUACAUCACCACUGCUAUUUCGUGGCUUAUUGUCUUCAUUUGAUACUGGUUGCCUUUCCACGCGACAGGAUGCGGACAACAAUACUAUUCUCAUUCUCCUAUCUGAGCUCAGGCCUGGAGCACAUAAUCCAUACUAUCCUACCUGCAGCCAUCCCGAUCUAAUGGGUGCAGCCCUUCGCAUGGCGCGCAUAUAUUACGAACGCUACCCAUUCAUCCUUGAAUGGUCGAACGUACAAGGAAAGACUGCGUUACAUGCGGCUGCUUUGAAAGGGAACGAAGAACUCGCAGCGAUGCUUUGUGACCUGGGCGCCGACUUUGAUUUACCGGAUAAUCUUGGUAAUACUCCCUUACACUAUGCAAGCGCGUGGGGUCACGUUGCAGUUGUCGUGUUGCUAAUAGAGAGAGGCUGCCAAUUCGCCGCACGCAACCACGACGGUUUCACGGCGUCCGAUUAUGCUUAUUCUCGAAAUACCUUAUCUACGUUGGAGGAAGCUGCUAGGAUGCAGUUCGAGAACAAGAAGAAUGCCCGCCGACGAGCUCGGAAUCAAGAUCUGAAAGGCGCAAAGAACGGCGCAAAUAGAAUGCGAAGUGUGUCUGGCGGAAGUAGAACGACAGCCACCUCUGAUAGUGGUGAUGUUGGGUUGUCGCCUAUGCAACCAUUGUUGGGCUCUUCAUUCUCGUCAUCAUCUUCACAGCCUAUUAUGUCGACUCCCGUAUCAAAGCUCUCAACUCCUUAUCCAGCGCCGGUUCUCAAUCACUCCCACUCUUUCACCUCAUCACCUGUGCCAUCAACGCAAUACAGUCUAGCAUCAUCGCUUACCCUACCUACGGCGGAUAUUUCGCAUGUUUUGUCUCCUAUUGCUUCGCGUGUUCGAGAGCGCGAUGCAGAUGCCAUCGCCGAGUACAAGAAGCGCAAUAGAAGUGGAAGCGCUGCUACACAGGCUUCUGAUUCCAAGUCCACGACGAAUGGAGUAUCCACUCUCCCGACUAUCAACGGAAGUAAUUCGCACCUUCCGCUUGCGACACCAACCGCCAGCAACUCACCAUCCGUCCCCGUCCCCGUUGCCGACCGUCGUUUGCGACCAUCUUUCUCUGCCGCUCAGCUUCGGAGCACUCCGCCUCCGCCUCCUGUUCCGGUAGUCGUGGGCUCAAUGGACUUGCAGACUCCCCGGAAUCGGGCAGGAACCACGCCAACCACAUCUCGGCCCGGUCAGGCGUCACCUCUGGAAGCUAACUUCCCCGCAAUUGGCACUCCAGUGGCCAAUGGACAACAACUUGAGCGAAGACACUCAGCACGACGAGCAGGUACAGUUCCUACUCGAUUACAGGAGGAUCCGGGUGACUUUACUGGCCCGUCGAGUGAUUAUGCGAUAUUCCCUGACCCACCGCCUCCGAAGCCAAGCUCGCGGAGAACCGCAUUCGCGAAGCUGGGAAAACCUCUGCCUAGCAUUGAUGCACAGAAGAUCCAACGAGACCAUCGGCGGACAGCGUCCGAGAUACGGAGCUGAUCUGGCUUCCGUUAAAUUAACAUAGGCUGCAAUACUUGUGUUCAGUUCAUCGUAUCACAUUCUAUUCUUGUACUGUUCUAGCACUCAGGGCACACAUUUGUACCACCAACACUGGCACAGUUUUCUUUCGAUAUGCGUUCUUAUUUUAUUGGUAGCUCGGUUUUAUGUCACAAUCAGUUAGUGUUUGUAACUAGAUAGCAUGUGUGUAUCU